AUGGAGAGGUAUAAAGCAAGAAUUGGUUUGGCACAGGCUGUGGUGAAUGUGUCAAACAAGAUUUGGGCUUUUAUUGAUGAAAUUUUUGAGGUUUCUAUUUUAUAUAACAUGACUCAACAACUGACUUUGAGAUUGAUGCACCCUGAAACACAUGUUGAGCUCAUCCUUACACUAGUCUAUGCCAAAUGUGAUCGCACUGAAAGAAUAGAACUAUGGGAUACUUUGUAUGCAAUGGCAUCAGAUAUAACAGUACAUUGGCUAGUUGGAGGCGACUUUAAUGUGAUAAGGGAUGAGGAAGAGAAAUAUGGGGGAUUGCCAGUUUCACUCAUUGAAGUAGAUGACUUCAGACACUGCAUCAAUACCUGCAACUUGACAGACUUGGGUUUUAAAGGAAGCAUAUUUACAUGGUGGAAUGGAAGAUCAGAGGAAGACUGCAUUUUUAAAAUAUUGGACAGAUGUUUUGGCAAUAAUGAAUUGCAACAGACCUUUCUUGGAUGGGAGAUAACUCACCUAUCCAAAAUUGGGUCUGAUCAUUGCCCAAUGCUGCUGAAAUGUGAUAUAGAAACUGCGCCAAUUAGGAAGUCAUUCAGAUUUCUUAACUUCUGGACGAAGCAUGAAACCUUCAAAGAUGUAGUAAAGGAGAAUUGGAAUUUAAAGAAGCUUAAACAAGCACUAUCUACCUGGAGAGGAGCUACAUAUGGGGAUAUAUUCCAGAAGAUUGCAAGCCUUAAGGAGGUGGUUAUGGUUCAUGAAAGACAAUUUGAAGUCAAUCAUACACAGAUGAAUAGACAAAGAUUACAACAGGUCCAAGCUGAAAUGAUUAAAUAUCUUGCAUUAGAAGAAGAAUUUUGGAGACAAAAAGCUGGCAUGUUAUGGUUCAAAGAUGGCGAUAGAAACACUAAAUUCUUCCAUGCCCAAGUUAAUGGGCGAAGGAAGAGACUGAAAUUAUCAAGGAUCCAGAAUAACCUUGGUAACUGGAUUGAAGAAGAUCAUUUAAUAGCAGAAGAAGCAAUAAAGUUCUACAAGGAUCAAUUUACAGAGAGUGCAGCUCAAAAUGAUUUUUAUAUUCUAAAUCAUGUACCUUCAAUGGUAGAUAGUGAUCAACAUGAAAGAUUGAUGGCUUUGCCUUCUAAUGAAGAAGUGAAGAACACAGUUAUGGGAUUGAAUGGGGACUCAACCGGUGGACCGGAUGGACUCACUGGAGCCUUUUACCAAACAUGCUGGGAUAUUAUUGAAGAAAAUGUAGUAAGAUGGUCAAGGCUUUCUUUUGCGGUCAGCAGUUGCCAAGGAGUGUGA